AUGGGUUUCUGGAGCGGUGUCCUCAACGUCGUCGGGGCGAUCCCCGUGGUCGGCCACGCGACGGCGGGCAUUCAAUACCUUGCCGGUGACAAAGAAGGCGCCCAAAAGUCACUGGCGGCCAGCACCGGAAAUCUUGUCUCAACUGCCGGUGCUGUUGGUGGCUUCAUCGUUGGAGGGCCCGUUGGCGCCGUCGCUGGUGGAAUGGCCGGAUCUACUGUUGGCGGUCAGAUCGAGAAUCAAAUCAACGGCAAAGGUCUUGAUCUCAGUGCCAACAAGCUCGUGACCGAUGCGCUCAUGGGCGGAGCUUUUGGCAUGGUAGGCGGAGGCGGUGUGGGACAUGCUGUCAAGGGCGCCGGAACUAUGCUCGGAAAAGAGCUUGGCUUGUCGGCUCUGGAGGCUGUUGCCGGCUCCGCGACCAAAACCGCUGUGACGGCCACCGCAGGCCAAGCUAUCCGAGCCGUCAGCAACCAAGCUGGCAGCCCGAAGACGCUUCCCGAGCCUCAUGGUGUAGGCCGACACGAUGUGCCACCUGUGUAA